GGUUUCUUCAGCUCCCUCUCAGGGCCUGAUGUUCAGGGCCUCAGCACAAAGCCCCAAGAGGGUCAUUAAAGUCCUUGUGCUGUGUCUGUGCUGCUGAGCUGGGCCGGGCUCCUGGCACAGAGGCAGCUCCUGGCAAGGGCAGCGCUGCAGAGAGACAGCUCUGCCCAGGAGCAGCUCCUGAGCACAGCCCAGCAGGGCUGGGGCACUGCCUGCAGCCACCCCGGGCACAGCACACAGGCACAGAGAGCUUCAAUCACUCAGGGCUGGGAAGGAGCUGAGAAGUGACUGAGGGAGAAUCACUCCCAGCCCUUGGCACAGGAACCUCUGGCUGCAGGACACAAGGCAGCUGCAGCUCCUGCAGUGAUCUCCUAAAGCUGGAAAAUCCCAAUGGCUACAGACUCUGUCCCCAUGGCCAGCCACAGCAAAUGUCCAACAGCAGCUCCAUCAGCCACUUCCUCCUGCUGGCACUGGCAGACACGCGGCAGCUGCAGCUCCUGCACUUCUGCCUCUUCCUGGGCAUCUCCCUGGCUGCCCUCCUGGGCAACGGCCUCAUCAUCAGCGCCGUAGCCUGCGGCCACCACCUGCACACGCCCAUGUUCUUCUUCCUGCUCAACCUGGCCCUCACCGACCUGGGCUCCAUCUGCACCACUGUGCCCAAAGCCAUGCACAAUUCCCUCUGGGACACCAGGAACAUCUCCUACACAGGAUGUGCAGCUCAGCUCUUUUUCUUUUCCUUCUUGAUGUCAGCAGAGUACUAUCUCCUGACCAUCAUGUGCUACGACCGCUAUGUGUCCAUCUGCAAACCCCUGCACUACGGGACCCUCCUGGGCAGCAGAGCUUGUGCCCACAUGGCAGCAGCUGCCUGGGCCUGUGCCUUUCUCAAUGCUCUCAUGCACACAGCCAAUACAUUUUCCCUGCCCCUGUGCCAUGGCAAUGCCCUGGGCCAGUUCUUCUGUGAAAUCCCACACAUCCUCAGUCUCUCCUGCUCCAAAUCCCACCUCAGGGAACUGGGGCUUCUUGUAUUUUCCAUCUCUUUAGCAUUUGGUUGUUUUUUGUUCAUUGUUUUCUCCUAUGUGCAGAUCAUCAGGGCUGUGCUGAGGAUCCCCUCUGAGCAGGGACAGCACAAAGCCUUUUCCACCUGCCUCCCUCACCUGGCCGUGCUCUCUCUGUUCCUCAGCACUGUCAUGUUUUCCUACCUGAAGCCGCCCUCCAUCUCCUCCCCAUCCCUGGAUCUGGCCCUGUCAGUUCUGUACUCGGUGGUGCCUCCAGCCCUGAACCCCCUCAUCUACAGCCUGAGGAACCAGGAGCUCAAGACUGCAGUGUGUAGGCUGAUGACUGGAUGGUUUCAGGAACAUUAAACUGCU